AUGGCUGCUUCGGCACCCGCUGUGCCUCGCCCAACGCCAAUCUUACGUCUAGCAUAUGAGCUCCAUGUCGACAUCAUCAAACUUAUUUGCGACUCGGACGCGGGGCCGUACUAUCUUGACACACCACCUCGCUCUGUCAAGAAUCUGAGAAGCAUAGCGCACACUUGCCAACGUUUUCGGCGGAUUGUCAAAGGCGACCCCAAGCUUGGACAGAUAUUCACACGUCCGCGACUCAUGCGCGAUCUACCUCUACUUUUCGACUCUUCUUGGGUCGUCGCCGCCGCUGGCAAGGGCACCUCGCCUCUCAUUAUCCGCGCAGAGAUUCCCAAGCCAGAUACUCGCGCCGAACGCGCGUUCACACGGGCGAUAUCGUCGAUCUCGCGCGCCAACACCAUUAUCCUCCGUGGACACGAGAGAGCCGAUGAUAGCUCUGACUCUUAUACGCGAUGUGAUAUAUUCUCGGUGACUGGAUCGCUACCUGCGAAGUUGGAGAUAUUGCGUCUCUCCGCUAUGAAUGUAGAUGCAGUACAGUCUGCAGAACGCUCAUCGAACCCGGGGAGCCUCAAGAUUCUCCAAUUGCGCGACUGCGUGCUCUCGAGAGGCAACCCAUCACUCCCGGCGGGCAUGGCGCUCACUUCAUUUGUUCUUGAACAUGUCAAAUUUGAGGGUGGUUUCUCCCCUGACACUCUCAUACGAGUUCUGCGCUCAUGCGGGAUGACCUUGCGCGAAUUGAUCAUCAGCGACGAGCACCUAUCUGAUACUAGCCAUAUACCUGACGGUCUGCAUGAACGCCUCAACAUCAGGCAUGAUCUGCAUCUAUCGCAGAAGGCUAACCUUCCCGCCUUGAGGAAGCUCUCUCUGCGCGCCCACACGUACGCUCUGGGGUUAUUUAUUAAUCGUCUGCAUAUGCCCAACCUAUUCGUGGCACAUGUUACCGCCAUUCAUGGUUACACCCGCUUUGAUUGCGACUAUCUUCGUGAUGACGUAUCGAAACCAAUCAUCGACUACCUUCUUGGACCGCGGUGCUCCUUCAAAUCCGUCUUGAUUGAUCGCACACACCCAUCUUUGCUAGAGUUCGCCCGUAUUAUCGCAAAGGCAGACGGCAAGAGGCCCCAUCCGGGUCCUGUGCUGGAAUUGUCUCUGUUGAACAUUGAGCACUCCCAGCACGCGACGCAGAUGAGUUGGCCGCCCCGCGUUCGUGACCUUCCUUUCAUGCUCCACGACCGUAUCCGCGAGGUAUACACAGUAUAUCUCGCUGAGGAUGUCAGAGCGGGUAGUGAAACCGAUGCAAGCUAUUGCCUUCUUGCACACGUCUUUCCCGAGGUCGCUUCUGCGACAUUGCUUGGUCCGGGUGCGGCAUCUACAUUGCACGCGCUUGAGUCAGGCCCUGCAGACUGGAUUUCGCCAACACUGGUUGAGAUCAUCAUCUCAACGCUCGAUGUGUCGGACGAAGCAGAGUUCAUGGAUGGCAUAACAGAGAAGCAUCUAGAGGCCAUACGGCACAAGUAUGACAUGUUCAUUCACUACGAUUCAACUGUGGCAAAGCGCUACGGGUGUAAGGAGGGUGGUUAUGACGAGAUGGCGAAUGAGCGGUGGGGCUUAUUAUGGGACGUACGGGAUGGAUGGGAAGAGUUCAAGCAUUCGUAUGCGGCGAUGGAAGUGGACUGCGGCUUCGAGCCUAAAGAUCCUGAAAGCAACUAUCUAGGGUCCACCUGUCGCUAUGAAUGGUCGCAGAGGGAGCUACUGAGUUGA